UUUGUAAUUUUAUUAUUUUAAUUCCUACUAAACACAUAAAAUUAUAAUGAAAACAAGAGCCACAAAAAUGGUAAAGAUUCCGUAUAAGACCCUUCCAGAGUUGAGUGACCAAUAAAUGAAGAACCCACGCAGUUCGUUGCCAGUUUAUGGAAGCGAAUUAACUUUUUAGCAAUAGGGGAUGACUUAAGAUUAAACCUGAGAUUUCAGAAAAGAAUUAACCUCCUAAUCGACCGUUAAAGAUGACUGUGUGGAGAUUAAUAUAUCAAAGGCUCGAAAAAUGGAUCUGUGACGUCAAGAGAAACGGAGACAAAGAGUGGAAACGCAAGCAUCCAAUAGUUAUUAUAAGACAGGGACAGUGACUUCUACAUGACAAGUUGCCCGUCGAGAACCGGUUCUGAAGUCUGUUUGUGUGUCGAACGGUGUUGGCUUAGCAGAGUUCAUACCUGCAGUUUCCGAGGAUAAAUGCCUUUACGUUGACUUUGUUAAUGAUGAUACAAACUCUUAACGGAUCCUUUCGUUAAUUGCUGGAUUGUUAUUUGAAGAAUGCAUCGUUAUUUCUGUUAACAGCAAGGCAGAAGUUGCUAGAAUUUUACAAGCGCUCGAGUCUACUAGACAGCUGUUGCUUGAUUAUGAAAGUAUAUAACAGAUUUAUGUCUCCCAUAAACAACUGGAGGAAUGGAUAAAUCGAGCAAAAUUAUAGAUGACUCUUCUUCAGAUGAAACUAAUGAUGAUGAAAAGGAGAGUCUCAUCGAAAAUACUUAUGGAAGUCGUAGGAGCACACAAGAGACGAAAGCAUGGGACGUUUUCGUUGUCACACCUCCAGAUGACGAAGAUGAAACGAUCAGUUCUAAAGCUAUAGAAAUUACUUUAAAAUUCCUUAAAGUAUUUGUUUAUGGUCUUACUUUCUUAUUAGUUUUAUGCACAGCUGUGAUAGCCAAGGGAACUUUUCUAUUUAUGACAUCGCAUCUGAAGAUCAACAGAACUUUAACAAUAUGCAAAAAAGGAAUAGGCUUGGAGAGGGAUAAAGAGUACACAGUUUCCAUACCAGAUCGUGAGAAAACAGUAUGGAUAUGGGCUCUGUUCUUCGUUUUAAUUAUACCAGAACUAUUUACUUUCUUCCGAAGUACUAGAAUUUGUGUUUUUAAAUCGUACAAAAGGCCGAAACUUCCAGUUUUUUUCAUGGUUUUUGUAAUGGAAACACUACACACUAUAGGUCUUUCGCUCUUGGUUUUUGUAGUAUUGCCAGAUCUGGAUGUAAUUAAAGCCGCCAUGUUGACGAACUGUGUUUGUUUUGUGCCUGGAGUUUUAUCUUUGCUUUCACGCAACAGCGAAGAAGAGAAAAGAGUUUUGAAAGUUGUUGUGGAUUUUCUAUCCAUUUUGGCUCAAGCAACGGGAUUUUUUAUAUGGCCUUUAGUAGAACGUAGCAAUCAUUCUUGGGCCAUUCCUCUUUCCAUAUUUUUGGUCUCGUUUCGAUGGUGGGAGAAUUAUAUAGAUAAAAGAUCUCCCUUAAGUUGUAUUAGAAGGUUAAGCAAAAUGAAAGACGAUCUCAGAAGGAGCAGAUACUUGACUUACGUCUUCAUAUCCUUAUGGAAAAUUAUCGUCAUCUUCUGUAGCAUGUUAUGUUUCCUCUACAUGACAAUGGAAGACAUAUCUCAUAUUUUAAAAUUGUUUAAAGAAAGCUUUCAGACCCAUCUUAUAAAUGUGCAGCAAGUAAAGAAUAGUGUUUUAUCCGGAAAAUUACCCGAUUUACCGACAGCUAGCCCUUUAGACGAACAAAUAGCAAUCGAAUCGUUUCCCAUGACUCCAAUUUAUGUCCUUUUUAUACAGUCGAUUUCUGCCCUACUCUGCUAUGUAUUCGGGAAAUUUUCUUGCAAGAUAUGUAUUCAAGGUUUCAGUUUUGCAUUUCCUAUUAGUUUAACCAUACCUGUUUCUAUAUCGUUGCUGAUUGCUUCUUGUGGAUUUCGGAUGGAAGAUUAUUGUUUCUUUGAUGAAGUCUUCCCAAAAUAUCUCUUCUGGACAUGUCCACAGGGUGACUUUUUUCAAGAUUUUGUUUCAAAUCAAUACGCUUGGAUGUGGCUCUUGUGGUUGCUAUCGCAGACGUGGAUCGCGGUACAUAUUUGGAUGCCCAAAUGCGAAAGAUUGGCUUCGACUGAAAAGUUGUUUGUUAAUCCUAUGUAUUGUGGAGUUCUCAUCGAUCAAUCAGUAGCUUUGAACAGAAGAAGAGAUGAUGAAGGUGAAAUUAAAAGUGAUGAAUUGGACCUGGAAGGAACAGAAGAUAACGAUAUUUCUCAAUACUAUGAAACCAUCUCGAUUCACACUGAAACAUCAGGAAGUCAGAAUGGUGGAAGUAAAUCUACUGUUAAGAGUGCUGAUCAGAUAGUUCGCGUAUAUGCGUGCGUGACUAUGUGGCACGAAACUAAUGAAGAAAUGCUUCAGAUGUUGAAGUCUGUAAUGAGGAUGGAUGAAGAUCAAAGCGCUAGAAGAAAUGCCCAAAAGUAUCUCAGGAUAGUUGAUCCCGAUUAUUACGAAUUUGAAGUUCAUGCCUAUUUCGAUGAUGCUUUUGAACUGAGUGAUGAUAAUGAUGAUGAAAUGGUGGUUAACCGUUUUGUAAAGGCAAUGAUCACAAUUAUUGACGAAGCUGCAAGUAAUGUUCAUCAAUGCAACAUACGUUUGAAACCACCAAAAAAGAUUCCCACGCCUUACGGAGGUAGACUAGUUUGGACUAUGCCUGGAAAAAAUAAACUCAUCGCUCAUCUAAAAGAUAAAGCUAAAAUUCGUCAUAGAAAAAGAUGGAGUCAGGUGAUGUAUAUGUACUAUCUUCUGGGUCAUAGAUUAAUGGAGCUUCCUAUUGAUGUCAAUCGUAAAGCGGUCAUGGCUGAAAACACUUUUAUAUUGACCUUAGAUGGGGACAUUAACUUUACACCACCAGCAGUACAGUUACUAGUAGAUUUAAUGAAGAAAAAUAGAAAUUUGGGUGCUGCCUGUGGUCGUAUCCAUCCUGUCGGAUCAGGACCAAUGGUAUGGUAUCAAAAAUUCGAAUAUGCUAUUGGCCAUUGGCUGCAAAAAGCCACAGAACAUAUGAUUGGUUGUGUACUUUGUAGUCCUGGAUGCUUUUCUUUAUUUCGUGCCAAAGCUUUAAUGGAUGACAACGUUAUGAGAAGAUAUACAACACAAUCUGAUGAAGCUAGACAUUAUGUGCAGUACGAUCAAGGUGAAGAUCGUUGGUUAUGUACCUUACUUCUUCAACGGGGAUAUCGUGUAGAGUACAGUGCUGCUUCCGAUGCUUACACACAUUGUCCUGAAGGAUUUGGAGAAUUUUACACACAGAGACGUCGUUGGGCUCCAUCUACCAUGGCUAACAUUAUGGAUCUUUUGGGAGAUUAUAAACGCACUGUUGAAAUUAACGAUAAUAUAUCUGUCCCUUACAUUAUGUAUCAAGGAAUGUUGAUGACUGGUACAGUACUUGGACCUGGUACUAUAUUUUUGAUGUUGGUAGGAGCUAUGGUAGCAGCGUUUAAAAUUUCCAAUUGGUACUCCUUCAAUUAUAACAUUAUACCUAUUUUAUUUUUUAUGUUUAUAUGUUUCGUGGCUAAAAAUGAUAUUCAGAUUAUGGUAGCUCAAAUUAUGAGUGCUUGUUAUGCUCUUCUGAUGAUGGCUGUUUUGGUUGGUACGUCUAUUCAAUUAUCUGAGGACGGUAUAGGUUCUCCUUCGUCAAUUUUCUUGAUAGCAUUAUCGGGGAGUUUCUUCAUAGCGGCUGUUAUUCAUCCUCAAGAAUUUUGGUGUGUUGUUCCUGGCUUGCUAUACUUCUUAAGCAUUCCUUCUAUGUAUCUGCUGCUUAUUAUUUAUUCUCUUGUGAAUCUCAACGUCGUUACUUGGGGAACUCGAGAAGUUCAAACGAAAAAAACAAAGAAAGAAAUGGAAGAAGAAAGAAAACAACAGGAAGAAGAGCUAAAGAAAAAGAAAAAGGGAGGAAAUCUGUUAAAUUGGCUAGGACUUACUUCAAAUGAUGAUGAAGAUGGAAGCAUUGUUAUCAGUUUGGGAAAUUUGUUAACAUGUAUGCUUUGCACUUAUCCAAAAUCAAACGAAGAGAAAAUGCAUCUGAUUAGGAUUGGCGAGCAAUUAGAUCAACUUAAUAAAAAGUUGGAAUCAGUAGAAAGACAAUUGGAAGUUACUCACGGGUUACCUGUAAAACACAGUUCUUCUAUUGGUCGAAGAUCGGGUAAAGGUUCUACUGGACUUUCUACCGUUGCUGAAAAUGAAGAUGAAGAAGAAGGUUUCGAUUCCGCAUCAGAUUUAACUGAAAGUGAAAGAUUAGAAGUUAAACAAGAAAGAGACGAUUUGGUGAAUCCAUAUUGGAUAGAAGAUAAAGACUUGAAAAGAGGAGAAGUAGAAUAUUUAUCAGGUCCAGAAAUUCAAUUUUGGAAAGAACUUUUGGAAAAAUAUUUAUUUCCAAUUGAUCAAAACAAAGAACAUCAAGCACGAGUUGCUGCAGAAUUGAAAGAACUGAGAAACAAAGUGGUCUUUGCGUUUUUCAUGUUUAAUGCGCUGUUUAUCUUGAUAGUAUUUCUUUUACAACUGAAUAAGGAUCAAUUGCAUUUAGAUUGGCCUCUAGGAGUUAAAACCAACAUAACGUACAUACCUGAAACCAGCGAAGUAAGAAUAGAAAAGGAGUAUUUAGAACUGGAACCUAUUGGUUUGGUUUUUGCUGUUUUCUUCGCUCUUAUUCUUGUGAUACAGUUCGUCGCUAUGUUGUUUCAUCGAUUUGGUACCCUGUCGCACAUUCUUGCAUCUAUAGAAUUAACUUGUUGUAAUCAGAAAACCGAUGAUGUCACUGAUGAUGCCUUCAUCGACAAGAAUGCUGUUCAAAUAGCAAAACAACUACAAAGAUUGAGAGGUUUCGACGAUGAUACAAGCGACGAUUCUAAAGGAACUGGUGACAGAUUGGCCAGAAGAAAAACCAUUUUCAAUCUGGAAAAGAGAAGACAUCAGAAAAACAGAAUUGGAACAUUGGAUGUUGCCUUUAGGAAAAGGUUUAUGAAUAUUUCUGCAGCAGAUGUUGAAGCAACACCAGUUCUCGGUGCAUUAAAUAGAAUAGAUAGGAGAAAAGAAACGUUAAGAGCGCUAGAAGUCAGAAGGAACACUGUGUUGGGUAAUCAAUCGAAAAUGCAAACUCUUGGUGCCAAAAAUGAAUUCAAUUCACGUAAUCGAACAAGGUCGAAUGUGAGAAGAAUCGAUCAAAUGUUUUCUAAUGGUAACUUAGAAAGUUACACUAACAACGCACUGGAUGUCAGUUCGGACGAGGAAACCGGUAAGAGCAUGAGAAUGCAACACUAUGGCUCUAGGAGCAGUAUAGCUAGUUACAGAGAAGAAAACGAAACGACAAAGAAAAGAAAAAGCCAUUUAUAAUGAGGAUUUUCUUAUACCCUUAUAAAAAUGAACUAAUAUACUCAUAAAUCGCAAUAAUAGUAAUAAAUUUUAUAAAUAUUGUAUAGUAA